GAUAGGAGCCUCUGAAUAACAACUUGAGAAAAUAAUAUAAACAUCUUUUAAUAAUAUAUAUACGUAAUUUUUCCCCUUUUUUUUCUUAUUUUUACUGACACUCGACUCUGUUCUAGAUCUACCAUAUACUCAGAAUGGAAAGCUCAGAUAUUGGUAGUGAAGAAAUGUGUUACUUGGAAGUAGACGAUAUUACAUGUGGUUCAAUUUCCUAUAAUGAAAAAUCAAGAGUGCUGAAAUUUACAUGCACAUAUUGCAGUGAGAGUUACUUACAUAUGGAACAUUUCUGCAACCACCUAACUGACCACAUCAAUAGUGUCGAAGAAGAUCCAAUAGAAUACACGGAAGUUGAGGAUGAGACAUUAUAUCAGCAUAACAAAUGUGGGAACGAACAAGAAGAGGAAAGCUGUGCAUCACUAGACUCAAAUGGCUGCGUUAUUAAUAGGCUUUAUGAAGAAUAUGAUGGGUCGCUGUAUUCUCACGAUGAGGAAAACAAUUUGCCCACAGAAAACGCUGGCUUCAUGGAUGAAACAGAUUCCAUAAUAGAGGAAGUGGAAGAAUCUUCUGACUUGACAUACCAGCUGGAUCAGCGUUUUAAAAAUACAAAUGAUUUCCGAGGAUUUUUGCCACAGUCAUCGAAUAUUACAAGUGGAGAUGUGCCAAAUCACGCCAAAACCACCGCAAAAAGUUUUACUUCGACAAAUAAUAGUUUCGAGGAAUGUUUUCUUAAAGAAACUGAUAUUGAAAAAAUUCGUUCACAAGGCAUUGUGGUGAAUGAAAAUAAGGAACCAGCAAGGCGGUCAAAGGCCAAAAAUGAUGAUUUAAUGCGGUUUAGUACAAAAAAGAAUAAAAAAGUCACAACAGUCAAAGUAAUAGCAGUGAAAAAUCGUAUAGCAGAAAUUUACGACCGUAUCAAAAAUGAACAAGCAAAGACACAACAAAUGUAUGCACCCAGUGGGCAAUCUGAACAAAAAACACAGCAUAUGCUUCCUACUUCGCCAAAAGGAGAUCAUCACGGAACACAAUAUGGUGCCUUAGACACUAAGGAAAAUGAUUCGACUAGAAAAAUAAUUGGUGAAACACUUAUAACUCUUAUACCGGAAGGUGGUAAAAUACCAACGACCUUACCCACUCAACUGGAGAGGAUACAUAAUAAAAUAACCAUCUCUUCUCCAGAAAGAGAAGCUUCUGAAGAUGAAGCUAGCUCUACACUAUCAUCGGACGACAAAACUGCAGUAUGUCCAGCGUGUGGCAAAGUUUUUAGAAGUCAUUUCAGUUUGACCAUACACAAACGUAUUCACUACCUCGAGUCGGAUAGUACUGUGAAACUUGCACACAAAUGUUCUGAUUGUGACCAACUUUUCAAUAAACUAAGCCAACUGAAGCAGCAUGUUGAGUCAGUCCAUUACCCUGAUGGUUUCGUAUGCAAAAUCUGUAAUCGGCGCCUUUGCAGCUUAUCCCUUUUGGAACGACAUAUGGUUAAAGUUCAUUUAGAACGCCCUUUUAAUUGUCAACUAUGUGGAAAAAAUUUCUCCGAUCCCAUUACAUACGAAGAGCACGUUAUUUCUCAUAAAUCAGCAGAUAAAUGCCACAAAUGCCAAAUAUGUGGUCGCAAAUAUUCCACCCAGUUUUUCCUAAAACAGCACAUGCGAAACCAUAAAAAACAAAUGCCCCAAACGUGUGUUGUAUGUGGCAAGGUAACACUUCGCAUAACCCAGCAUAUGAAAAUUCAUACACCCCGGCCAAAACGAUUGUUAAGCUGUUCCGUAUGCGGUAAAAUAUUUAAUUUCAGCUCUGGUUUAAGUCAUCAUUUCAAGGUAAUGCAUAAGCUACCUCGGCCUCCUCCAAAACAGAAGAAAGACAACAAUGCAAAUACUCAGAGACGCAAGCGAAAAUCCCGCAACAAUGAAAACGUGCACAAGAUUAAAGACGAUAGUUAUCAUCACAUGGCAAGCAGGGAAAAUUUAAAUGAUUCUCAAAUUAUCAUUGAAGAACCCUCAGAAAUUCCGGAUGAAGUGUACACCGCUGAUGAGUUUAUUACUCAGUCUCCAGUUCAAAAUCCUUCAUUAUCUGACAAAGAUAGCGGCGUUCACAUGUCGGAUCGAAAUAAUUCAAGCCAUAAUUUUGAUGAAGAGGACGUCAAUCACAAGGAAGAAGAAGCUAAACGUGUUAUUGUGGAGCUAAUACAAAAUUCUAUUUAUCCUUCAUUUUUGUCGGAAAAUCUAUUAACCCCGCCAAUAGCUAGAGAGGAAACAAUAUCAGCUGUAAAUAGUAUUGUGAGAGAUUCAUGAUUGUUCGUGGAGCAAAUUACUAUAAGUUUGUUGCUUUUUUAAUAUUUAAUAAAAACAAGUAAGACUUUGCUUUAUACUGGAAAACUAA